CAAACAUCGCGACACUAUUGUGAAGUUUCCUGAGAUCUCGCGGUCCGCUGAGACACUAGUAAUCGAAAUAAGCGGAGAAAUACAUUCAUUCAUCGAUUAUAAAGGUAUUGAAUCCAAGUCGUUGUAUAAGGAGAAUACAAGAUGUCCGACAGCGAUGACAGCGACUUCUCUGACAACCAGAGUGAGCGAAGCAGCGACGGAGAGGCCGAGGAGGUGGAGGAAAAUGAGGAGGAGGCAGCCAGCCCUGUAGGCAGCGACAAGGUGGCAGACGAGGAGGGAGAGGACCUGGAGGAUGAGGAGGAAUAUGACGAAGAGGAGGAAGAGGAUGAUGAUGAACGUCCCAAGAAGAAGCCGAGACAUGGAGGCUUUAUCCUGGAUGAGGCCGAUGUGGACGAUGAGUAUGAAGAUGAGGAAGAUCAGUGGGAGGAAGGUGCUGAAGACAUCCUGGAGAAAGUUAACGAAGAGGCUGAAGUGUCUAACAUCGACCAUGUGGUCCUGGAUGAAGACCACUCUGGAUCCAGGAGGCUGCAGAACCUCUGGAGAGACUCCAGAGAGGAGGCGCUGGGAGAAUACUACAUGAGGAAGUAUGCCAAGUCUUCAGGAGGGGAGCAUUACUCAGGAGGGUCUGAGGAGCUCUCUGAUGACAUUACUCAGCAGCAGCUACUUCCUGGAGUCAAGGAUCCCAACCUGUGGACGGUGAAGUGUAAGAUCGGAGAGGAGAGGGCGACGGCCAUCGCAUUGAUGAGGAAAUUCAUCGCUUACCAGUUCACAGACACGCCUCUGCAGAUCAAGUCCGUUGUCGCUCCGGAUCACGUCAAAGGUUACAUAUACGUGGAAUCGUACAAGCAGACGCACGUCAAGUCGGCCAUCGAAGGCAUCGGGAACCUGAGGAUGGGUCUGUGGAACCAGCAGAUGGUUCCCAUCAAAGAAAUGACAGACGUCCUCAAGGUGGUCAAAGAGGUCACGAAUCUGAAGCCAAAGUCCUGGGUCCGGCUGAAGAGAGGCCUGUACAAGGACGACAUCGCUCAGGUGGACUACGUGGAGCCGAGUCAGAACACCAUCUCCCUGAAGAUGAUCCCCCGUAUAGACCUGGACCGAAUCAAAGCCAAGAUGAGCCUGAAAGAUUGGUUUGCUAAGAGGAAGAAGUUCAAGAGACCUGCUCAGAGGCUGUUUGAUGCUGAAAAGAUCAGGUCCCUUGGCGGGGAGGUUAGCCAUGAUGGAGACUUCAUGAUCUUUGAGGGGAACCGAUACAGCCGCAAAGGAUUCCUGUUUAAGAGCUUCGCCAUGUCGGCUGUGAUCACGGACGGAGUGAAGCCCACUUUGUCGGAGCUGGAGAAGUUUGAAGACCAGCCUGAAGGAAUCGACCUGGAGGUGGUGACUGAGUCAGGUAGUAAAGAGCGUGAACACAACCUGCAGGCAGGAGACAACGUGGAGGUGUGUGAGGGAGAGUUGAUCAACCUGCAGGGAAAAAUCCUCAGUGUGGACGGAAACAAGAUCACCAUCAUGCCCAAACACGAAGAUCUGAAGGAUCCUCUUGAGUUCCCCGCUCACGAGUUGAAAAAAUAUUUCCGUAUGGGCGACCACGUGAAGGUGAUCGCCGGGCGUUAUGAAGGAGACACGGGUCUCAUCGUCAGAGUGGAGGAGAACUUUGUCAUCCUGUUCUCCGACCUCACCAUGCACGAGUUGAAAGUGUUGCCCAGAGAUCUGCAGCUCUGCUCGGAGACGGCAUCCGGCGUUGACGCAGGAGGGCAGCAUGAGUGGGGGGAGCUGGUCCAGCUGGACCCCCAGACUGUUGGAGUCAUCGUCAGGCUGGAGAGAGAGACGUUCCAGGUGUUGAACAUGCACGGGAAGGUUCUGACAGUUCGCCACCAGGCUGUAAACCGCAGGAAGGACAACCGCUUUGCUGUGGCUCUGGACUCGGAGCAGAACAACAUCCAUGUUAAAGACAUCGUCAAAGUCAUCGACGGGCCGCACUCUGGCCGUGAAGGUGAGAUCCGUCACCUGUACAGAGGCUACGCCUUCCUCCACUGUAAGAAGCUGGUGGAGAAUGGCGGCAUGUUCGUCUGUAAGACCAGACACCUGGUGUUAGCCGGAGGGUCCAAGCCCCGGGACGUGACGAACUUCACCGUGGGAGGAUUUGCACCGAUGAGUCCUCGAAUCAGCAGUCCCAUGCAUCAUGGUGGAGGAGGCGCUCAGCAAAGAGGAGGCGGCGGAGGAGGAAUGGGGCGGGGCAGAGGAAGGAGAGACAACGAGCUGAUUGGCCAGACGGUCCGUAUCUCCCAGGGUCCUUACAAAGGUUACAUUGGUGUGGUGAAGGACGCCACGGAGUCUACAGCCCGAGUAGAGCUGCACUCCACCUGCCAGACCAUCUCUGUAGACAGACAGCGCUUAACCACCAUGGGAGCAAAGAGACACAGUGGGAUGACCUCCACCCACGGCCGUACGCCCAGUUAUGGCUCCCAGACUCCCAUGUAUGGUACUGGAUCCAGAACACCCAUGUACGGGUCUCAGACGCCACUGCAUGAUGGAAGCCGCACGCCUCACUAUGGAUCUCAAACCCCACUGCAUGAUGGGAGCAGGACACCAGGUCAGAGUGGAGCUUGGGACCCCAGCAAUCCCAAUACACCUUCCAGGAAUGAUGAGGAGUACGACUUUGGCUAUGACGACGAGCCCUCCCCGUCCCCUCAGGGUUAUGGUGGGACCCCCAACCCCCAGACCCCAGGUUACCCAGAAGUCCCGUCUCCACAGGUCAACCCUCAGUACAACCCUCAGACGCCUGGCACGCCUGCUAUGUAUAACACAGAGCAGUACUCCCCCUAUGCUGCCCCGUCACCUCAGGGCUCCUACCAGCCCAGCCCCAGUCCUCAGAGCUACCAUCAGGUAGCGCCCUCGCCAGUCGGCUACCAGAACACACACUCUCCAGCCAGCUACCACCCAACUCCCUCCCCCAUGGCUUACCAGGCCAGUCCUAGUCCCAGUCCGGUAGGCUACAGUCCCAUGACUCCUGGAGCGCCCUCUCCUGGAGGUUACAACCCUCACACCCCAGGCUCCAACAUCGAGCAGGGCAGCAGCGACUGGGUGACCACCGACAUCCUCGUCCGGGUCAAGGACUCCUUCAUGGAUCUGAUGGGACAGACCGGGGUCAUCAGGAGCGUCACGGGAGGGAUGUGUUCAGUGUUCAUGCAGGAGUCGGAGAAGGUGGUCAGUAUCAGCAGCGAUCACCUGGAGCCCAUCACCCCGACCAAGAACAACAAGGUGAAGGUGAUUCUUGGAGAAGACCGCGAGGCGACGGGGAUCCUGCUGAGCAUCGAUGGGGACGACGGCAUCGUCCGCAUGGAGCUGGACGACCAACUGAAGAUCCUCAACCUGCGGUUCCUGGGACGCCUGGAGCACUGAGGGACGGACAUGCCGAGGGAGAGGCGCGGGCAUGGAGACUCAAACACAGGAUCACAACAACAAACAUUCCUCUCUCUCUCUGUAAAACAGUUUCUCCAUCAUGGGGCCCCUCUGGCCGUUUAUUUUAAAGUUUUGGUUAGCUUUACCACCUCCUCUACAGUGCUCUCAGUAUGUUUUUAGUGCUUUCUCCAUGUUUUGUCAGUACUUUUGCUUUUGUGGACGGAGAAGGGUUAAAAAUGUAAAUGUAACGUCAAUAAACUGUGAACCAGU